GUAAUAGGAGUUGUUUUUGGAUCUAUAUCAUAAGGUAUUGUAUUCGAAACAACUGCAAGAUAACAAYAAUAUAUUGUCUAAUUCUUGCAAGUUUCGUCGGUGACAAAAAAAAUUCGCAAACUAAAAAUAUCAGAACAGGCUGCUAAAAUGAAAACUGUAAGCURUCCGCCGUCGAAUCGGGGUUUCCGGUCGUCGCCGCUUUUUCGGACUAUUAUUUUGUUCGGUGCUUUACUAUUAUCGCUGACUACCACAUCGGUAACCACCACAUCGCCGACCACCACAUCGCCGACCGAAGAUAACACUACUGAAACGUCGUCGUACCCCUGGAAAAUUUACAAAAACCUCGAUAUGUCCACAGUGGACAUCAUCAAGAAAAACGGAUACGCCGUCGAAAUCCACCACGUCAUCACGGAGGAUGGUUACAUUCUUGAAUUGCACCGCAUCCCCAGAAGUAAGAAUGGACAGGCACCCACCAGAAAUCAUCCUGUCUUCUUCCAUCACGCGUUUCUCUCGAAUUCGGCCGGAUGGGUGCUAAGCGGAGCCAACACAUCUCUGUGUGAGUAA